AUGCGCGCGUCACCGCGAGGGCCAGCGGCAUCGCGCGCUGGACCACGGCCAGGGCGCUGCAGCGUCGUUGACUCUGGCUUCGCUGCGAGAGAGCCAAAAGGACACGCGAUCGCGCUUGUGAAGCCAGCCAGUCGCCGCAAGCUGCCCAUCUCGUGGCGGUCUCGGCACCAGCGCCGCCAUGAAAACCGCCAGCAACAGUGCACACGUCCUACGGACACGACGCUGGCCAAAAUGAGUUCGGAGCUCGAUUCGGAUCGGCAGAUGACGCGUCGACAACGCUCGUGUGAAAUCCGCCGCCAUGCAUUCUGUGGCUCUGAUUCGCUCAAGAACAGCGCCGCAGGCUCACUCGCAGUUCUGUUGAGCGGCAGCGAGGUAUCGAGAUCAACAGAUGCCGUCGAUUGUCGAAAACAGAGGCCCGUCCGAGAGCAUUUUGAUAGAUCCAGCCCAGCACAGGCUAGGUUUCACACGAUCCUCCGCACGAUCACAGAAUUGCAUUGGCUUUGUCGUUGUUAUCGCUUGACAAGAAGAACGAGAGCCGCAAGUCUACGAAAGCUUUCGAACAAGUUGAAUAGAAAACUGGACGAAUACCCAAUGCACCGCACUUUGCUGAUCUUUGCUUUCUUUGUGGCGAUCUUCGCCGUGGCGAGUGGAGCACAGGCCUGGACUACAACGCCACCUCCGGUAGUGUACCAGCAGCAGUGCCACGAGGAGACUACCAAACAGCCGAUCAAGCAGACAUACACUGUGUACGAGAACCAGGAAUACACGGUGUACGAGCAACAGAAAUAUGAGGUCAAGGUUCCAAUCACCAAGUACAAGAACGUGACCUACUACGAGCCGGUGAAGGAGGUGCGCUACAAGCAGUACGAGGUCAAAGUUCCGUACCAAGUGCAGAAGUUCAAGACGGAGACGUACUACGUGAAGGUGCCGUUCAAGGUUGUCAAAUACAAGCUUGUGCCCUACACUGCAUACAAGAACGUCUCCUACGAGGUGACUGAGUACCAGAAGGAGGAGCGUCAGAAGCAGAUCCCGUACACGGUUACCGAGUACCGGACGGAGCAGAAGCAGCAGCCAUACUACGUGACCAUCCAGGAGCCGCAUCAGAAACAGGUUGCAUACACGGAGUACAUCACCCAGCAGCGCACUCGGCAGAUCCCAGUGAAGAAGGUGCGCAAGGUUCCAGUGCAGAAGACCCGCAUCGAAUACAAGAUCAUCAAGACCAACGUCUGCGUGAAGCAGCCUGUGAAGAAGACGCAGCAGCCCGUGAAGAAGAGCAGCUACUACUAA